AUGAAGUACGUCCUCACUGGCGCCACAGGCGGCCUCGGGUCUCACGUCUUCAAGCACCUACUCCAGCUUGUCCCCGCAUCUGACAUUGUGGUAUCGCUGCACAACCCCGACGGCGCUCCCCCUGACAUCGCCAGCUCGGGCGUCGAAAUCCGCCGCGGCGACUUUGCUGACCCCGCCUCCCUCGACGCAGCCUUCCGUGGCGCAGACAGGCUUCUGAUCGUCUCCUACCCGUCCAUCGCGCACGAGCUGCGCGUCAGGCACCACGUCGCCGCCAUCGACGCCGCCAAGCGCUGCGGCGUCGCGCACGUCUACUACACCUCGCUCGCCUUCGGCACCGGCAGCGUCGCCGCAGUCAUGCAGGCGCACCUCGACACCGAGGCGUACCUCCGCCAGAGCGGCCUCACGCACACCGUCCUGCGCGAGGGCAUCUACAGCGAGAGCUACCCGCUGUACCUCGGCUUCUUCGACCCCGCGGAGGGCGCGGACGAGGUGCGCGUCCCGCACGGCGACGGCGGGAUCGCGUGGGUGUGCCGGGAGGAUCUCGGCGAGGGCACCGCGAGGAUCAUGGUCCAGGGCGGCUUCGCGAACGAGACGCUUCUCCUGUCGGGCGCACGCACGCUGACGCUCCGCGAUCUGACUGAGAAGAUUUCGGCGCGCGUGCGGCGCGCGGUCACGCUGCGAGUCGUCUCCGAGGACGAGUAUGUGCAGCACAAUCGCGGGAAGCACGGGCCGCGCGGCGGCGAGGAGUUCCUGCGCGCGUGGGCGACGACGUUCAAGGGCCUCGUGCGCGGCGAGCUGGACGUCGUGGAUCCGCUGCUGCAGAAGGUGCUGGGGCGCGAGCUGAAGCCGUUUGAGGAGACACUGGAGGAGAUGCUGGCAUCUCAGGCGGGUGUCGUGGAACAGUACGCAAAAUAG